AUGUCUGAUCCUACAGUUUCAACCCCUGAUACUUCACCAGCUGAGGAAGACAGAUCCGUAUCAGGUGACUCUGAUACCAUUGAAGUUGGAGUACCACAAACACCUGGGGUACCACAAACACCUCAAAUCCCUCACGAUCGAUAUGCGAUCACUCCUGAAAAACUAGCGGCCGCCGAACGAGAAUUAUUCAUAAAUCAAUCUUUAUAUUCUCCAGAUCUUGAGAUCAAAAUGGAACCUGAACAAAAGGAAGAGGGACUUACAAAACAUGUUGAUCAGAUAGAUCAACCUAGUACAAUCCUACGUGGAAAACGAUUAGCAUUAGCUUUUGUUGGAAUGCUUUUGUCUGUACUUUUGAUUUCUUUGGACCAAACUAUCUUGAGUCCGGCUUUGCCUGUUAUUGCGUCAAACUUUAAUGCUCUGGAUCAAAUCGGUUGGAUCGCUAGUGCCUAUCUUAUCACUCAAGUCUCAUUUCUAUUACUCUAUGCACAAUUAUUAGUGACCUAUAAUCGUCGUUGGAUCUUUGUAGUAGCGAUCUUCAUCUUUGAAAUAGGUUCAUUGAUUUGUGCCGUAUCACCUGAUGUAAUUUGUUUAAUUAUCGGUAGAGCUGUCUCUGGUAUAGGAGCAGCUGGAAUUUUCAUUUCUUGUUUAAGUAUUAUUGCAGAUAUUACAGAACUUCAAGAUAGACCAAAGUUACUGGGUAGCUUUGGCGCUGUCUUUGCUGCUGCGUCUGUUGUUGGACCGCUUCUUGGUGGCGCUCUUACUGAUCAUUUGAGCUGGAGAUGGUGUUUUUGGAUCAAUUUACCUUGCGGAGCUAUCACUAUCUUUUCGAUCUUUAUGGUGAUACCUAAUAAACCUGCUCUACCGUUAUCAGACAAACUUCUUGAAUUGGUGGAUCGUAGAUGGAGUGCGAUCACUUUCGGAAAAUGGAUUCCACCUCAUCAGAGUGUUCUUCAUAAACUAGGUAGUCUAGAUGUUGUGGGAGCAUUCUUAAUGGUUGGACUUAUUAUUUUACUGGUUCUUCCAUUACAAUGGGGUGGGAAUCAAUACCCUUGGAAAAGUGGAGUGGUGAUUGGGACGUUUUGUGGUUUUGGUGUAAUGCUUGGUGCUUUUCUAUUAUGGGAAUGGAAAGGAGUCGAUGCAAGGAAUGGAAGAGGACUUUUAUCUUUUAGAUUAUUAAGAAAUCAAACCCAAGUUGGAGCUUGUUUACAAGCCUUUUUCAUCAAAUUAUCCAACUUUCUUCCAAUUUACUUUCAAGUCAUUCAACAUGCAUCAGCUACUAAAUCUGGUAUUGACUUACUUCCACUGAUGUUAUCGAUUGUUGUUUCGGCGGCUGCAAUAGGUUUCUUAAUCAGUCACACUGGUUACUACUGGCCUGCGUUAAUAGUUGGUUCAGUGAUUCUCACAGUCGGAACGGGACUUUUAUACACCCUUGAUGAAUUUUCAAGUAAUGCCAAAAUCAGCGGAUUUCAAGUUCUGGUAGGAACUGGACUUGGUCUUGUCCUUCAAAAUGUGGUUGUGGCUAUCCAAGCUAACGUAGAUGAUCAUGAUAUUCCACAAGCAACCAGUUUAUCUUCCUUUGCACAAUUAAUUGGUGGAGUCAUCGGUAUCGCGGUAGCUCAAACUAUCUUUGGUAACGCAUUGAGCCAGAACCUGGCAAAAUACGCGCCUGAUGCACCGGCUUCCGUCAUCCGAUCCUCUGUACAGAGUAUUGCCCAACUUUCGGAUUCAUUGAAACCUGGUGUAAUUCAUGCCUAUACUGAAUCUUUAAGACAAGUUUAUAUGUUAGGUAUCGUCUGUGGAGUCGCUUCUUUCUUUGCAGCAUUUUUGGUUACCAACAAGAAUAUCAAAAAAAGCAAAAUUCAUUCAGCUGAGCUGUCUGUUUGA